AUAAGUUUAAUUUUGCUAGCUUCUCCUUUGCCAAUGGUUUUGCACAUGUUCUAGUUAUCCAAGAUCAUUUAUAUUGACUUUAGGAAUUCCCAAAUAUUUUGCAAGACUUUCAAUUUCACUUUGCAGUGAUUAGCAUUACAGUAUUAGAUGUGUACAACAUCAGCACCUAGACAAGGAUGUCCUUGCAAUGGCCUUAGACAAAAACUGUUGGUGGGGGAAGGAAUGUUUAAGGAUAUCUAAUUUUGUGAGGCAUCUCAUUCACUAAAACAUAUUUUUAUGUCAUGAUUUUUUUUCUGCUUCACUAUGCAUCAUAAACAUGGUGGUGAGGUUAAAUAAUUAAUACUCAGAAAUUGAGGCCCCCUCCUCCUCUGUUAGUCACAAGAGUAUUCCUUCAACCAGAUGACCUCUCUCAUUUAAAUAAAAAUUUACUUCUGAUUUUAUCACUUCUAUUUAGAUGUCAGCCCUUAAAGAUCAAGGUCUUGGGGUGCCUGGGUGGCUCAGUCAGUUAAGCGUCUGCCUUUGGCUCAGGGUGCCAGGCUCCCUGCUAAGUGGGGAGCCUGCUUCUUCCUCUCCCUCUGCCCCCUCACCUCAUGCUCUCUCCCUCUCAAAAAAAAAAAAAAACCUUAAAAAAAUAAAAAAUCAAGGUCUUAAAUUAGUAGACCUCUGGAAAAAUAAGACAAUAUUACACAACUAGUUAUUUUAGUGGGAGGAAACAAUCAAACUUUUUGGUAGCUGUAAAAAGAAAAAAGUAAGCUUGGUUGAAAUUUCUAAUUGCCAUUAAUUUUGGAGACAAUGUGAAAAGAGUUUAAGUAAAAAAGACAUAUUUCAUCAAUUCCAAGAAGCAGAUUUUUUUCCCUACAUUUAAAAACUUCCAGUAUCAGGAUGCAUGUUAAAAAUCAAGUUACAAUUUAUAUAAUGAGCAGUUUUUUCUUUUUUUCAGCUGUACCUAAAUAAUAUGCCUUACAAUCCAUGGUGUUUUAAGUUAGAAUGUAGUCUAAAAUUCUAAUCUAAGUAAUAAUGUACUACCAACUAUUAGCCAAAAUAUUAAAAUGAAGCAGUGGUUAUGUAGAAUGCAACUUACAAGUGGAUGCAUUCCAUUGAUAACAACAGUAAUAGCAAUCCACAUGUUCCUUCCUACGACCAGGUACUGUUUUAGAUGUUUUACUUAUCCUAUUUCAUACUUACAACAACACUUUUUCAUGUACGUUACUGUUACUUGCCUCUUUGUUGUCAUGGGUGAGGACACUGAGGCAAUGAGGUUAAAUGAUGUAACUUCUCAACCAUGUGUGAGGGCCAAUAUCUCACACACAGUGAGUGAAUUAGAUGUUUUCCUUAGAUACAAAGUUUCUACCUGAUGGUAAAAAGAAACAAGGGCUAUUCUAGAUGAAGGAUUUUAUGAAAACAUAUUGCUAAUUGUUAGUAUCUCUCAAAGAAUAGAUACCUAUUGGCAGCAAAUAGACAUAGCUUUCCUCAUUUAGACCCUUUGGUAGGUAGAAUAAUAAGCCCCUAAAGAUGUUCACAUCCUAAUCCUUGGAACCCAUGAAUAUAUUACUUUACCUGGCAAAGGGAAUUUGCGAUAUAACUGAGGGUACAGACCUUCAAAUGGGAAGAUUAUCCUGGAUUAUUCAGGUAGACUCAAUCUGAUCAUAAGAUCAAAGAAUCUUACCCAGCUGCAAUCUGAGGAAGAUGUGACUAUGGAAGGCACAGAGAGGCAACAACCCUGGCUUUGAAGACAGGUGGCCAUGAACCAAGGAAUGUGUAGAAAGGCAAGGAAACGGAUUCUGCUGGAGAGCCUCCAGAAAAGAAUGUAGCCCAGCUGAUUCCUUGAUUUUAGCCUAAUGAGACCCAAGUAAGAAUUCUGACUUACAGAACUGUACGAUAAUAGAUGUGUUAUUCCUAAUACUCUUGUGCUGUUCUAGCAAAUCUAGUUCAAUAAAAUAUCCUACAGUACAUGAAAACAUUUUAACAUGUGGAGAAACCUUUUUUUUUUUUUGUAUGAAUCAACGUAUAAGGUCUGGCAAAGUAUUAGAAAAGUAGUAUCCAUUAACUUGUGAGUAGUGUGUUGUUCUAAUGAUGCUUUAACAAAAAGAGCCCCACCACUUGCUUGGUGUUUUCCCAUUAUGUCUCACAAACCACUCUAACUGUAAAUGGUACACGGACACUUUAAAUUUUCAUAGUAUUUUUACCUUAAUCUUCUAUUUAUGGCAUGUAUUGCUGGUUUGUAGUCACAAGAGUUAUUUUUGACUAUAUUUUAGUGUGUGACCACUAAGUACUCAGCCUCCCGCGAGUGUCGUGAAGCGUUGGCUUCCGGGCGGGUGUCUCACCCGCUGAGCACUCCAGGAGGGAGUCACUCGCCUCAAGCUCCUGGGCAUGCGCUACACGAGGAACACGAGGAAGUACUAAAUAUAAGCCAGCAGCAGGCCGCAAUCGCGGACACGGUCUCCAGCUACAAGUCAGCAGGUGCGAGCCCACGGGUGUCUUCAGAUCCCUCUGUUGUCCGUAAGACGCGCACCCGGCAGGCAGGCGAUUUCAAACUUCGCGAUACUUGCAACGGUCGCGGACCUUUGUGUUACCGGCUUCCCGGGGUCAAGAUGGCAGGAAGACUGCUCCGCCCAUGUGAACAAGAUUUUGUUAUCGCGAGACCGCAAUGACAGUUCAGGCGCCCGAUCUCGCGGGAUUUUCCGAGCCGGGGGGGGAAAGCUGCAGGGGAAGGUGGAGGUAGGGCCUCUGUGAAAGGGAGGGUAAAGGGUCCGCUUGCCGGCUUGCUUCCUUCCCCGGCGGAACGCGAGAUGACUAGGUGAGCGCCGCCUUGCCAGCCUCCACAGCGCUCUCCAGCUCUGCCGCUGUCUGGGACGCCGCCUCCCCUCUCCCUGGACCCUCUCGGGCUUCACCUGUGUUCCCUCUCGUCCGCUGGCGUCGCGCUUGAGGGGGGCGAUGUACGAAGGGCUGCAGGAAGUGGCGUUGGCCUCAGUCUUCCCGCCCGCCUCCUCCUCCAGGUCCUCGGCCGCCUGCCGAGUAUUGUACGCAGCCAGGCUGCCCGGCCCCUCCCCCUGGCCAGAUGGAUCCCUCUGCCCCCAAGCCUCGCGCGGAAACCGCCGGCAAAGACAUAUGGCAUCCAGGUGAAAGAUGUCUUGCCCCUUCUCCAGAUAAUGGGACACUUUGUGAAGCAAGCAUAAAAUCUAUCACAGUGGAUGAAAAUGGGAAGUCAUUUGCAAUCAUCUUAUAUUCAGAUUUUCAAGAAAGAAAAGUACCUCUUAAAAGACUUCAAGAAGUAAAAUCUCGUAAAGAUUGCUCCAGGAAUUUUAUAUUUGAUGAUGAAGAUUUGGAAAAACCUUAUUUCCCAGACCGAAAAUUUCCAUCAUCUGCUGUUGCUUUUCCGUUAUCUGAAGAUGGAGUCUCUAUUCCUUAUACUAUUAACAGGUAUUUGAGAGACUACCAAAGGGAAGGAGCCCAGUUUCUCUAUGCACACUUCAUCCAAGGAAAAGGAUGUAUUCUUGGUGAUGACAUGGGACUUGGAAAAACAGUACAGGUUAUUUCAUUUUUGGCUGCAGUUUUGCAUAAAAAGGGAACUCGUGAAGAUAUUGAAAACAACAUGCCAGAGUUUUUACUAAGAAGUAUGAAAAAGGAGCCCCCUUCUUCUAUAGCAAAAAAAAUGUUCUUAAUAGUUGCUCCUCUUUCUGUCCUCUACAACUGGAGGGAUGAAUUGGACACCUGGGGAUAUUUCAGAGUCACUAUUUUACAUGGUAACAAAAAAGACAAUGAACUGAUUCGUGUAAAGCAGAGGAAAUGUGAAAUUGCUCUAACAACUUAUGAAACGUUACGUUUAUAUCUGGAGGAACUUAACAGUUUGGAAUGGUCAGGUGUCAUUGUGGAUGAAGCUCAUAGAAUCAAGAAUCCAAAGGCUAGAAUAACAGAAGCUAUGAAAGCUUUGAAAUGUGAUGUCCGCAUUGGCCUCACUGGAACCAUUCUUCAGAACAACAUGAAAGAACUGUGGUGUGUUAUGGACUGGGCUGUGCCAGGACUUUUAGGUAGUAGGAUCCACUUCAAGAAGCAGUUUUCUGAUCCAGUAGAACAUGGUCAGAGACACACAGCAACAAAAAGAGAACUAGCCACUGGCCGAAAGGCCAUGCAGAGGCUUGCAAAGAAGAUGUCUGGAUGGUUUCUCAGGCGUACCAAGACUCUAAUCAAGGAUCAGUUGCCUAAGAAGGAAGACCGGAUGGUGUAUUGUUCUCUGACAGAUUUUCAGAAAGCUGUCUAUCAAACCGUAUUAGAAACAAAAGAUGUGACUUUGAUACUUCAGUCUUCUGAGCCUUGUAGCUGCAGCAGUGGCCGGAAAAGGAGAAAUUGUUGUUAUAAGACCAAUUCACAUGGUGAAACAGUGAAAACCUUGUAUUUCAGUUACCUUGCAGUCCUUCAGAAGGUAGCUAACCAUGUUGCACUACUGCAGUCUGCUAGCACCUCCAAACACCAGGAAACACUUAUCAAAAGGAUAUGUGAUCAGGUAUUUUCCAAGUUCCCAGAUUUUGUGCAGAAAAGCAAAGAUGCAGCCUUUGAAACCCUUUCCGACCCAAAAUACAGUGGGAAAAUGAAGGUCCUUCAGCAGCUUUUAAAUCAUUGCAGGAAAAACAAAGAUAAAAUACUUCUUUUCUCCUUUUCCACCAAGCUGCUUGAUGUUCUGCAGCAAUACUGUAUGGCAGCCGGCCUUGAUUACCGACGACUUGAUGGAAGUACGAAAUCAGAGGAAAGAAUCAAGAUUGUGAAAGAGUUCAACAGUACACAAGAUGUUAACAUUUGCCUUGUCUCCACAAUGGCUGGUGGACUAGGCCUCAAUUUUGUUGGUGCCAAUGUUGUUGUAUUAUUUGAUCCUACUUGGAAUCCAGCCAAUGAUCUUCAAGCAAUUGACAGAGCAUAUAGGAUUGGGCAAUGCAGGGAUGUGAAAGUGUUUAGGCUGAUAUCUUUGGGAACUGUGGAGGAGAUCAUGUACUUACGACAGGUAUACAAGCAGCAACUUCACUGUGUGGUGGUUGGAAGUGAAAAUGCCAAGCGAUAUUUUGAAGCAGUUCAAGGAUCAAAAGAGCACCGAGGAGAGCUUUUUGGGGUCUAUAAUCUCUUCAAACUAAGGUCCCAAGGGUCUUGUCUUACGAGGGACAUCCUCGAGAGAGAAGGCAAAGUGGAAGCCGGGAUCAUGACGGCCACAACAUGGUUGAAAGAGGAACCUCCCGUACACAAACAAGAAAUGUCUAAAGAGCCUGACUGUCAAGAACAUAGAGGUCUAGAACAACCUGCGGAGUUGCCAACAAAAGAAGCAUGUGAUCCCUGCAGUGAUUUUAGUGAUGAUGAAUCAGUGGGAAACUCAAGAAUAAAGACUGCUAAAAACAAAGCAUCUGACUCAAGUAAAGCUUCAGGUUCUGCUGGACAGCUUACCUUACUCCAUUGUGGUUUCUCUAAAUUGUUUGAAACAAAAUAUAAAGCAGUUGAAGAUAAUAAUGGAAAUAUUGCCUCUGAUGAUGAAAGUUCUGAUGAACAGCCCAUGUGUCUUUCAACAGAAGCCAAAGAUGUUGGUUUUCAGACAAGUCAUGACUCUCUUGGUACUUCAAAACACCAGAAAUUAGCUAACACCCUAAAUCCAAAUGAAAAAUGUAUUUUUGAUAAAAGUGAGAAAAUUUUCAAACAAAAUAUUUCUUCUGAGUCUGAUGAUGAGAAAAAUCUUAAAAAUACAGGUGACCACCAUUGCAUUUUACAGAAUGUCACAGAAUCAGAAGACAGUGAUGUCAUCUUUCCCACACAAUAUACAACUCAGAUAUGCCCUAAGAAUGGUAUAAAGUUUAAGCCACUUGUGGAUGGAUCUCAAGAUUCUGAAACAGAAAAUCCUGUAAAAAUAAGAAAUAAUGGUGAUGAUAGAAAGACUGAUGUCAAAGGAAAUAGACAAAUUGCAAAACAAUUAAAUCCUGAGAACAUGACCCUGAAAUCUAUUAUGAAAAGAAAAAGCAGUAGUGAUAUUAGUGAUGAGUCUGAUGACGUUGAAAUUUCCUCUGAGUCAAGAGUAAGAAAGCGAAGAGCUACUAGUUCUUUGAGGUUUAAGAGAAAAAAGGAAAGUAAAAAGGAGCUUUUCACUUUUCCUAAAACAAUGAAGAAAACAAAUCAACUGUGUACCGCAGAUGGAGAUUGUAACUCGCAGGCUAUUGAUGAUUUUUCAUCCUCAGAUGACAAUUUAACUGUCUGCCACAUCAGUUUCUCUAAACAAAGCCAUACACCAAAAACUAUAAAAGAUAGAAUCAGUUUCUCUUCAAAAUUGCCUAACCAUAAGGAAAAGGACACUUUUAUGCCAAGAAAAUCAGUGAAAUUUUCAAAUGAGAAAGUUGUCAAUCAAGAGCAGGUGUAUGAGUCAAUGGAUAAAUUUUUAGAUGGUGUUCGGGAAGUGGCUUAUAUUCACUCCAACCAGACUGUGAUUGGAUCCAGCAAAGCUGAAAAUCACAUGAGCCGAUGGGCAGCACGGGAUGUGUUUGAAUUGAAGCAGUUUUCCCAGCUUCCCGCCAAUGUAGCUGUUUGCACUUCUAAGACACAGAAAGAAAAAGUGAAGACAGAUACACUGACACAUACAAAGAAAGGUCAACAGCUAAGUGAAGGAAGCAUUUCAUUUCCCCUUUACAUUUCACACCCUGUAAGCCAGAAGAAGAAAAAAGUCUACCGUACAGAUCAGACCACAUUCAUAAUUGGAGAAACGCCAAAAGGAAUCCGCAGAAAACAAUUUGAAGAAAUGGCUUCUUAUUUUAACUUGCCUUCUGUAAAGGAAUUUGCUGAACAUAUAACUAAGGCCACAUCAGAAGAACGACAGAAAAUGCUAAAAGACUUUUAUGCUUCUCAGUAUCCAGAGGUAAAAGAAUUUUUUGUGGAUUCUGCUGCAGAAUUCAUUAAAUCUUCCCCUCAGAAAAGAGAGAGAGUUAGGAAUAAGUCUGAAAAAAGAGAAUCUCUUAUAAAAGAAAGGCCGUCAGAUUCUGAAACUUUGUCAUUUAAAAAUUCUCCCAAAAAAGUUUCUCAAAUUUAUAGCCCAAAAAUAUAUAAAGAAAAAUCUAUUAAGUUUCAAAAUCACAGUUUCCAUAGAGGAGAGGUGCCUUCUAAUGAUGGAGAAACUAACGAAUCACCUAUAAGCUCUACCCAAGAGACUGACAAUGGGAAAAACAGCCAAGCCUCCAAAGACACUGUGGCAUCCUGCUUCCUGAACACUAAGUCUGAAGUAUAUGAGUUAGAGAAAUUAGAAUAUACCAUGAAAGACCAACAAGACCUAAGAAGAACAGGCAUUUCAAGAAAUGAACCACUUUUCAAAGUGGAAAACAGAAAGAUAAAAAAUCCAGAGUUAGGCAACACUUCUGUGGUUGGCUUACUUGGUGACACAUCUAUUCUUGAUGACCUCUUUAGAAGUCAUGGGAACAGUACCACACAACUGCCAAAGAAAGUUCUUUCAGGGCCCAUGGAAAAAGCAAAACAGAGACCAAAAGAUUUCUGGGACAUCUUGAAUGAACAGAACGACGACAGUCUUAGCAAACUCACCGACUUGGCAGUGAUAGAGACUCUGUGUGAAAAAGUGCCCCUUGCUGCCUCCUCCAAAAGGAAAGAGGAGCUGGAAACUUCACUUUGGAAAUCAAAUGAGAAAUUUUUGUGGAAAAAAUUUAGCUCAAGUGAUACAGAUGAAAACACAACUAAUGUGCAAAAGUAAUGCGUAAACAUACAAUGAGUUACUAUAACCAGUGAAUUUCUGCCACCCAUGUUUACAACACCGUGUUCCACACUAAGUAUGUUACUUUGAACACAGUUUUUAUUAAAUUCUUGCUGUGGGGUUGUUUUAGCCUAAAAGGUUUUUCCUUGAUAUCUGAUUUGAUCUUUUAAAAAUAUGAUUGUAUUAUAGUAUCAUCAUCUUUAUGAAAUAGAAAAAGGUCUAGAUUUGUUAUCAGGAGACCUGGGACAUCUCCCUUACUGUGUAAUUAUGUGCCAGUAGAUAAGUCACUUACUUUGGUGUACAGAUAUUUCCUAAUAUGAAAGAUGAAGGCUUUGAACUCAAGCAACAUUUGUGUCCUUCCAGAUUAAAAAGGCUUUGGUUUACUUUCCCAGAUUCUAUUAAGUCACAGGUCAAAUUACGGUACAUUGAUGUGUUUCUUUCUUACUAGCAUUUAGAAAAUUAACUGUUUUCCUUUUCCCAAAGUAUCAUGCAUUAUUACUAAAUUAUGUCAGAGAAAGUAAUACCUAGUACUGAAUAUAUGAUGUGUUAAAAUAAUAAGUUUAUCACUGCUGAAAAUCAAAGGGUUAAUGUUGUAUAACUGUACUAUAUGAGGUAUGACACCCAAGUGAUCGAACUACUGCCGAUAGCCACAGAACGCAAUGCCUCUCCUCCACUUGUUGUACAACAGUUAAGAUUUAGUCAGUACAGAUUAAGCUGUGUGUCGUACUUUUGUAUGAAGUAUGGAGAAAUGAAGAAACAUUUUAUUUAAAACUGUUCUAUUUUGUUGAAUUUAAUGUAUGUGGUUUAUAAUCAAUGGAAUGUGCUUAUUGUUGAAUUCAUUUCUGUGGAAACAUUCACUCGGUCCCUGUGUAUCCCGCGCCAGUGGCUCAAGAUGUGCAGGUGAGGUACUGCUCUGGGUAAAGGACAGGAGACCGCAUCUGUGAAGCGUCCUGGCUGUAAAGGCCAGCGGGUCAUGCCUGGCACUUGGUAGCAGGGACUGAGGCUUCUACUGACCCACAUUCAGAUGCACUGUGGCAGCUGUCCCUGGGUUGAGCUCCCGGAGCUAGGGCAGGAAGAAAAAUAGGAAAUGGCAGUGCCCCAGGAAGUGCUGAUGCUCAGAGCGCUGUAGACUGUUGUUGUGUUGAGGGGGCAGGGCCUCCAGAGUACCCGCCAUUGCAGUGGGGAGCCAUGUGGGAGAUGGAAAAAGCAAACAAAAACAAAGAAACAAAGAAAUCGUUUCUCAAGGGACUGAGUGACCAAAUACGAUUUUCUCUGUGAAAUCUAUUUUAUAUCAUGAGCCAGUACGUAUGUGUUAAUACAGAUUGAAACAAAAUGUUUAUGAAAUAAUAUUUACCCAUAAGGCAUGUAGUGUCCUUUGAUAUCUCCUUUUCUGUUGCAGUUUUGGCUCUUAUGUCUAUGUGUUUUUUCAUGCUCUCAUAACCCACUAAAUUGAUUUUAUGGCCCAUUAAUGAUUGGAAAUCACAGUUUGCAAAUCAUUGUUUUAGAUUAUAUGGAACUAGUCUCUCUCUCUCUCUCUUUUUUUUUUUUUUUUUGGCUAUUUUCAGCUGAGUUGUAUCCAAACCUACCAGAUGCUGAGUUUCACCAUGGAGGUGCUUGCUACAAAAUCAAUGUGUCGUGUAUCUGUGGUAGACAUAUAAAUGUUGUUAGCCUGCUCUGGCCUAGCUGUAGGAGGAGCCCGAUAAGCAAGUAGACACCCCUUCAUCUCAGUUUACAUAGCAGAUGGAAGAGUUCAGUCAUUUUAGUAAAAGUGGGUCUUUCAUAAAAUAAAAUAACUUUAAAAUUUUUAAUACAGAUAUGACCUUUGAAUCAUAAAAUGAUAUUCAUACAAUAUAAUGAAAUACUAUUAAAGAGAUUUUUAUCAGUGAAAGUCAAAGUGGAAGCAAAAAUUACAGACCUGGAGUUUAAAAACUAGUUUUCAGCAGUUGCCAGUGAAACUGUCAUUAUUAUCAUGCGGGAGCAGCGUGUCAAGCAGAGUACAGGGUCCAGUACGGAAAGGAGCCAGUCGGAAAGUUCCCAGAGGGAAGCCGUAAGGGUCGACUUGCUCUGCACCGGAGCAGUGGGAAGAGUUGGAUCAGCCAUUGAUGAAUCUGGGAACGGACACUAUGAAGGGCUGACAAUGAGAAUCCUGCCUAGCCCACCCCACCACGGUCUUCCAGAUAAAUAGGUGGCCCCAGGCAAAUCCCAAGGCUUCUUUCAGCCUGUUACCCCCUUUAAAUUUGAGAUGGAUGUGAUCACUGGUGUUCAAGCAUUUUUUUUAAAGCAACUGAACUCUAUCUUAAUUAGAAGAUCAGUUGUCGAAAAUAAUUACAAAUGGAGGUCUGCUGGUUCCAGCAGCACCGCCGUGGCUCCAUGGGGCACUAGUGUGAAAAACCACAGGGAUGAUAUCACUGCUAAAAAACCUUCCAACUUCAGGUUUCCAAGAUUCUGUUUGCCACAGUCUGUCUUGUUCACCUGUCUUUAAAGCACUCAACACACAGUUAUAAUAUUGGAAACUGAGGCAAAAUACUGAGAGGCUUUUGCACUUGAAUUCCCUGGGGUUCCCUUAAAGCCCUGAAACUAGAGUAAAUUAACAUCACCUGCAAGUCGUGUGGCUGCCCCUAUAUGGUCAAGGCAAAGGAACCUUGGUUUGCAGAGAGGAGUUGGUGAUAAAUUUUCUGACAGUCAACAGAAAAUGAGAAAGCCAAGGACAGUAUAGUUCAAAGGUUUUAAAAGCCCAAUGUGGGCAGUUUUUAAAUUCUGAAGUUAUCCUUCCUUAUAUUAAAAUUGUCCUCUUUGCAUGAAAUGAUAGAUUGUAGUUUUUAGUCUUUUUCAUUGUCCUUACUUGAUAUAAGUUGAUAACCAUAUGUCAGUUCCCAAAAGUUUUAUUUGACAUUUACUAGUCUAUAAAAUCCCUAAGAAUGGAAUCGCUGCCUGCCUCCAAGUUCACGAAUGGCUCCCUCCAUGGCCACUAUGUCAUAAAUCCAGUUAACAGUGGGUCUAGGACCCACCAAGGAUGUCACUGAACCUAUAUGAUCCUGUAAGAUGGACCUGCCUUCACAGAGCCCAGAGUGCAGAGCACGUUAGCUCCUCACCUAAUUCUCAUCAGGUCGUCAUCAAUGUAAUCUUGUUCCCCAGUUCCAUCCCCACCUGCUCUUGCAAAGCAUCCUCCACCUAGUGCUUCUGAGGGUGUUAAAGGGAAGACUCGGAAGUUCAGGAACACAUCUUGUGACUGGCGACACUGCAUUUGCCUUGGGGGACAGCUUUGCGUGCUACCCCCAACCCCACACCCCCACCCCCAUUCAGUGCUGGCUCCACGUGGUGUUUGUGCCAGGUGGGAGGAAUCUCACACUCUUUCUCUGUUAAUGGGCAACAACAGGAGGGCUGCCUUGCCUCACAAGGUCUUACAGAGUUUUAAGCGAAAACAGCCCUUUGGGGAAAGACUCAGAUUGACCCUUACUCUGGAGGGAAGCCCUGAAGUGGCAAGUCAGAACCACCUGCGGACGCUUUCAGGCGGUCGAGGGGUCAGCACAAGCACCUAUUUUUAUAAGUUUCACACUAUGAUAUGAUGUGCUAAUAUUUUGUCUGAAACCGUCAUCGCUGGGCAGGACAUUCUCUCCACAUCAGUGAGCCCCUUCGCUUGUGGACAAGCUCAUCCUGGAGCCCCAAAGUUGUCAUUAGCAUUAUGUUUCAACUUGGUCAAUAUGUACUUUAUUUGCUUUGCUGCAGGUUAACAAAUGGCAGUGGUUAUAUUUAUCCCCUAAAUUUCCAAAUUUAGUCUUAAUUAUAUGAGUAGGAGGAUGCCUUUCUGUCACUGACACAGAUAAUGCCCAAGUGACUCUUGGGUUUGUACUGCUUUCUGUCAUGGUUAAGAACCAAGAAUGCCUCUUUUGGGGCACCUGGGUGGCCCAGUCAGUUAAGUGUCUGCCUUCGGUUCAGGUCAUGAUCUCAGGGUCCUGGCAUCCAGCCUGGGACAUAGCUCUGUGCUCAGCAGGGAGUCUGCUUCUCUCUCUCUUCCUCUCCCUCACCCUCUGCUCCUCCCCUGCCCCAUGCUCGCUCGCACCCUCUCUCUCAAAUAAAUAAAAUAGGUUUUAAAAUUCUUUAUAUAAAAAAAUGCCUCUUUCUACAGAUGUCUUUUUGGUUAGCUAAAUGGGCCCCCUCCGUCUUGUUGAAAGAAAUCACUGUAACUCACUUUAUACUGUUUUAGCUUAUGUAAACAAGGGAGAAAGUGUGCAUCUCUGAAUGUCUUAUGUGUCUCUAAGGAAAUUCUAGUGAGUCAUCUUGUCAAAUUAAAAUAUGAAUUAGUCCCCCCUCACCCCACAUGUAUCUUUUAACUGAUUUUUUCACUUUUUUGUAAAGUGAGACAUGCUUCUGGACUGGAAGACUUCAAAAGAAGGCUCAUAGUAGCUAAUGCACGUAUUUUUUACCUUCCUAAAACUAUUAUAAAAGCAUUGAUAAGAACAAGAAGAGAUUGUAGGGCGCCCGAGUGGCUCAGUCGUUAAGCGUCUGCCUUCGGCUCAGGUCAUGAUCCCAGGGUCCUGGGAUCGAGCCCCACAUCACGCUCCCUCCUCGGCGGGAGGCCUGCUCUCCCUCUCCCACUCC